AUGUUGACCAUCAAGCCGGCUGUUGCCGUGGAGGCUCAUUUCCCCUUGUCUAAGAACUGCCUGAGCGUUGAAAGAACCUACGCAUAUGACUACAUCAUUUUCUACCGAUGGUUGUCGCCAGAACUUUACGAGAGGGGUCGAGUGAUGGCACGUUUGGUUGCCGAGAUGAUCGAAAAGAAGAGCCGUCGCAUAUGGCUUGACCAACACCAGAUGACGAGAAGCACGGAAGCUGGAGAGGUGACCAAGAGGAUUUCCAACACAUUCUUGUCCGUGUCUCAAAUCAUUAUUCUCGCUGCCCCGGGCGACUGGGACAGGUUUACGAAUCCAGAUGAUAUUCAUCGAUGGGAAUGGGAGAUGAGUCUUAGAAGCGACAAACAAGUUUGGCUCCUUCAAUACGGAUUACCAGAUGAUGGACAGGCAUUAUCCAGAGCACAAUUAGCAGAGAGCUUGGAAACAUACUGCCCAACGCUGGCAGAACUCUUCAAAAGCAGGGAUGUACACAUACGGUUACUGACGAUGGACAGCAUCGACGUAGUACUCAAAGAGAUCGCCGAGGCCGCAAAGUAA